AUGACCUUGACUCCUGGAAUCAGUUCUAGUCAUCCAAAUCAGUGCUGUAAACUGAUGAAAUCACUGUAUGGUUUGCGCCAAUCAAGUCGUAUGUGGUAUGAAAAAUUAUCCAAACUUUUAAUUUCUUAUGGUACCAGCAGCCUCUAUCUGAUUACAGCCUUUUUGUCAAAUUUUAUUGGUGCUAAAGUUUCUAUUUUAUUGGUGUAUGUUGAUGAUAUUGUCUUCACUGGCAAUUCUAUUUCUGAGAUGACUACCAUCAAAUCUAUUUUAAAUCAGCAUUUGAAAAUCAAAGAUUUGGAUAUUCUUAAAUAUUUGUUGGGUAUUAAAGUUGCUCAUUCUGCUCAAGAAAUUUCUUUAUCUCAAAGAAAGUAUUGUGUUGAUUUAUUGGAAGAUUCUGGUUUGUUGGGUGCUAAACUAGCAUCUGUUCCCAUGGACAAUUCUACAAAGUUGCAUCAAGACAGUAGCCAUUUACUUCCUGAUCCUUUAAUUUAUCGUCGUCUUGUUGGCCGCCUCCUCUACCUUACUAUUACCUGGUCUGACAUUACAUACGCUACGCAGCAGCUUAGUCAAUUCAUGGCUUUUCCGACUGAAUCUCACUUUCAUGCAGCAAAUCGGGUUUUGAGAUACUUGAAGUCUAAUCUAGGCAGAGGUAUUUUCUUUCCCGUGACUCUUCUGUUCACAUAUGUGGAUUCAGUGAUUCUUUAA